AUGGCUUCCCAGCGCGCUGUCAAUAUUAUUAAAUCAACUGUCGCCAGACUUUACCCUAAGGAACUUGCAGAAAAUGCUUGGGACAAUACUGGCUUGCUACUCGAAUGUCCACCCCAAACAUCAACCAUUACUACUACCCCAGAAAAAAUCAAAGUCCUUCUUGCAAUUGAUCUAACCAGAGCUGUUGCUUCAGAAGCCAUUGACUCUAAUGUUUCUUUUAUCGUCGCAUAUCACCCUUUCAUCUUCCGUGGAAUCAAAGCAAUCUCUCUAAACGACCCCCAACAUCUCUCUCUCGUCCGACUUGUCCAAGCUGGAAUUUCAGUCUACUGCCCUCAUACUGCCAUAGAUGCAGCCACCGGUGGUGUCAACGACUGGCUUGCCGACGGCGUUUCUGGUGGCCCUGCCUAUGAAUCCCAACGUACCGUAUGUACACCUCCAGGAUCCCAAAACGUCGAGGGUCACGAAGAUGCAGGUAUGGGUCGUCGUGUAGAGCUCAAGACCCCAAUCACUUUUGGUGAACUUGUUACCCGUGUUAAAAAGCAUUUGGGCUUAGAUCAUGUCCAAGUCGCUCGUGCUACGUCCCUAGCCUCUGACUCUCAACUUAUUUCUUCAGUCGCACUUUGUGCUGGCUCCGGAGCUUCUGUUCUCCGUGGUAUCAAAGCUGACGUCCAUCUUACCGGUGAACUAGGUCACCAUGAACUCCUUCAUCUUACAGAAACUGGCACCUCGGCAAUCAUCUGUGGCCACUCAAAUACAGAGCGCGGGUUCCUCACAGUUUUGCAAAAACAAUUGACAGACGCACUUAAGCAGGACUAUGAUGGGCCUAGCGAGGUUGCCAUUAGCAAGACUGACAAGGAUCCUUUGGAGUUUGCGUAA